AUGAAUAUUGUUACUCCUGAAAGUGACAACGGUGUGCAGAUGUCACAGUACCAGUGCUCCUUUUACUCUUUACGUCCCAAGCAGGUUGAUUUUGAUGCUACUUGGAAAAGUGUUGAAAAUUCUAUCAAAAGGAUCAUGAAAUUGCAACCACUGGAACGACGUGUUUGGGAUUACAAUUUUUACGAUAUCUAUUCUUUAUGUGUUGCAAUUCCCGAGCCAUUAAGUGGACGCUUAUAUGAAAAAACAAAAGAAUGUUUGGAGGCACAUGUUACCGAGCUGUAUCAGGAGAUAAGUUCAGCAAAUGAUUCUGAGCUCCUCAUUGUUUACUGCCAACUUUGGAAUGUAUAUUACAAAGGAGCAUUAUGUGUUCACAAUCUUUUUGGGUAUCUUAACAAGCAGUAUAUCAAAAUUAAACGAUGUACUGAAAUUGAAGGCGGAUACGGAGCUUAUAGUCAAUACCUCACACAAAAAGAUGUCAAGGAGAUUGGUUUGCUUGCAAUGGAAAUUUGGCGCAAAAAAUUAAUAGAUCCGAUGGAAAAGCGGCUAGUUGGUCACGUAUUAAGUGCAAUCGCUGCAGAUCGUGAAGGGCGAAACAAUGUUCCAGUGGACAUUGUCCGAGGUGCCAUCAUGUCCUUUGUCCAAGUUGAUGAUGUGGAUGGAAUGCGUGAAGUGUUAGAUAAAUUACCAUCAAAUUUGCCUCAGAAUUACGAAACAUACCGGGAAAUGUUUGAAAAAAAGUUCUUGCAAGCAACAACUGAAUAUUAUACAGUGCUCUCCAUUAAACUGCUUAGUGAACUUAGCUGUUCUCAGUAUAUGGAAUCUGUAAUUGCACGAAUAGAAGAAGAAAAUGAACGCUCAAUUCGUUUUCUGCACAAAAGUAGCCACGAGAAAGUAACUAAACUAUGUCAAGAUGUAAUGGUGGAUGCUCAUAAAGAACGUCUAUAUGCUGUUUGCCAUGAGUAUAUCGAAGGCGAAUGCAUGAAUGAUCUUCACAACAUGUAUCGCAUCCUGAAACCUAUAAACGGAGGGUUGUCGGUUGUGAUUCUCGAAUUUCAAAAUUUUGUCAAAAAAACUGGUCUUGAAGUAGUAAAAGGUAUGCGUGGUGAUAAUAUUCCCCAGCAGUUUGUAGAAAAUGUAUUACAGGUUUAUGAUAGGUUCUCAUCAAUGGUUGCAAAAGUUUAUUAUGACGAUGGCGACUUUGUUGGAGCUCUGGAUAAAGCGUUGCAAGCCGUCGUAAAUUACCGCGAAGAUCCACGUCAGGCACCGAAAGCAUCAGAAAGGCUGGCACGUUAUACUGACACGCUUUUACGCAAGUCCGGUAAAGGUCUGAGCGACAGUGAGUUGGAUACAAAAUUAUCACAAGCAAUUAUUAUUUUUCGGUACAUUGAGGACAAAGACAUUUUCCAGAAAUUCUAUUCGAAAAUGUUAGCCAAUCGUCUAAUUACUAAUGCUUCUCUUUCGAAGGACGCUGAAGAGUCGAUGAUUAGUAAAUUAAAGCAAGCAUGUGGGUUUGAAUUCACAAGUAAGCUGUCGCGGAUGUUUACAGAUGUUGGGCUGAGUCACGAGCUUACAGACAAAUUUAUUAGUCACUGCGCUGUGAGCAAUGUAACUUUGAAUAUCCAGAUGACAGUACUGAUUUUGCAAGCUGGAGCGUGGCCAUUGUCGGCGCCUACUUCAACUUCAGUUUCCGGAGCAGACGGAAAAUAUAGUACAACUGCUGUCCAAACCACGGGUUUUAUCGUCCCACCAGUUCUUUUGCCAUCCAUUGAACAUUUUGAAAGGUAUUAUCAGGCGUCGCACAAUGGUCGAAAGUUGACAUGGCUCUUCAAUCUUGCAAGUGUUGAGGUGAAGUUACAUUAUUUGGACAAAGUGUAUCAGGUGACGACGUCUGCCCAUCAACUAGCAAUUUUGCUCUGUUUUGAAACGAAAGAUUCGGUAACUUUAAACUAUAUUGAGAAGGCAACUGGUUUAUCGGAUGAAUUGCUUAAUCGAAAUAUUCGUGCGCUGGUUGAUUCCGGUGUUCUAAUUAUGGCGAAGAAGGAGGUGAAUGAGGUUAAUGAGGUAGCACUCAACUUGACACUUACAUCGAAGCGUCUCCGGUUCAAAGUUUUAGUGCCUCAACUUCAGCGACAUGUAGAAAAGGAGGCAGAACAUGUAAAUAUUACUGCUCAACAGGACCGAAAAUAUUAUAUGGAAUGUACCAUCGUUCGCAUAAUGAAGACACGAAAAGUGUUGAAACACGCAGCCUUAGUUAACGAGGUAAUUGAACAAACCAAAUCUCGUUUUACACCAGAUGUUAACUUCAUCAAGAAGAAUAUCGAAUCGCUCAUUGAAAAAUUGUAUAUUCAGAGGACUGAUCAGAAUGAUGAAUAUCAGUACUUGGCAUAG